GUCGUUUUCUCUCGCCGCGCAGCAAACGCCAUUUUAGCCGCACACUUUAUUGCUACCACCAAAAAAUAAAAUAAAUCUUAGGCCGACACAUGCACAUACCAAUACAUCACUUAUAUAGACAGUGUAAAAUGUGAAAAAAAUUCUUUCAUCACUUGCAGCCUAAAAGUGGGCAAACUUUUCCGCUUUUUAAAUUAUACGUUGCCGGGCAUAAUUCCAAUUAAUUUGCAUCUAAAAUAAUAAAAUAAAAACUACGACUUUCAACUAAAACUAAAUACAAUAAGCAACAAUAAAAUAUAUGUAUACAUACACACGCAUUCAAACUCGUAAGAGCAAAGCUAUAAAGAAAUCAAAUCAAAUAAAACAUUCACGCUGCAGUUUAACGAAACAACAGUUGAAAAUAGCUUGACAUAAAAAUUUACAGUUACGUUUGGAUUUACAACCCAACUACGUUCGUUUCCGCAAAAGCGGAGGCUGAUAAAAACACAGACAAUCCACACUAACGCACAAACACCUACACGCACACACACCCACGCACGAGGUUGAGUAACUUCAGCGCACAGCAUGAGGCCGAUGAGUCCUUGAAGCGGCAUCUCAGCUUACAAACAACCCCCAAGCAAAAACACGCACACACACACACAAAGAGAAGUCGUCGACGCUGUUUGUGUGCGCCUAAAAAACGUCAACAAAAAAUAAACAAACACACACACACACAGCUAGAGUUGCCAGACGUCGCGCUGUCUGCAUAACGUAAGCACCCACACAAGCACACACACAAACACACACACACACAUGCUUAAACAGAUAUGUAUACGUUAUGUAUAUGUAGCUGCCCUUUCAUCUCGUGUGCCGCACAAUAAAAACAGGCGUAAAGGAUAUUAUGAGGCAACAGACAUUUGCGAAUAAGCAGCAACAACAAUCCGUCCAUUUAGACUACGUUUCACAUUUCCUUUAAAAGAGAGAGUUAGAGUGAGAGAGAGAGACAAUGUUCGGCUCCAAGCUGCGCUCCUGGAUGGAAACGCACAUCGUGCGUCCCCGCAAGAAGAACAAUAAGAAUAAGCAGGCGGAGGGCGGCGGCGUCGGCAGCAGCAGCCAUGCCAAGAAGGCGGGCACUUUGCCAGCGAACAGCAACUUGAAGUCCACGACGAGUCCGGUGCUGACCAGCAGCGGCAGCCACAGCAUCGCCAGUCCGGUGCGUCGCCGUGAGGUGUCGCCCAUUCAAUGUCAUACGCCCAGUCGCUAUGGCUGGCAAUCGCCGGAUCAGGACACGAACAACUCCAUCACAUCGCCAAAGUCGGACAAUCUGUUGUACGCGCCGCAUCGCUAUCAAUGCCACCAGACGCUGCCGCCGCUCCAGCAGCAGCAGCUGCAGCAACAGCUGAGCGUGCCCAGCAAGGACAGCUGCAGCUCCAGUGCGGACAAGUCGCCGAUGCGCGUGAAUUGCUCGUCCUCGUCCAUUUCAUCGCUGUCCUGGUCCACUGGCUCCAAGGAGCCCUCCAUGCACUCCGGCCAGCCCAAGCAGGUCAGCUACAAGCUGGAGCACAUUGAGAUCAGCAGCGAGUAUCAGCCGCCCGUCGAGGAUGAGGUGGAUUACGAGGAGGUGGGCGCAUUGCUGCUGCGUCCACAGCCGCCGCUGCUGGAUUAUCAGCGUCCGCACUCCGAGAAUCUGGUCAGCCUGCAGCUGGUCUACGACGAGGAGCAGCAGCAGCAGCCCAAACCGAAUGCGAAUCAUGUGCACUAUGGCCGUCUGCUGCCCUCCAAGCUGGCCGCCGUGCAGCUGGGCGACAGUCUGGUUGAGGCCUUGACCCCAGCUCCGCCGGCCGUGACCAAUCAGCUGGGCUUGGCCAGCCGCAUGCGUGCACCACGUGGUUUGCCGCGUGGCAAUUUUAUGCCUGGUCCCCGACCGCACAGCCUGUCCUCGCCGGAGAGCGCCUAUUCCACGGGCUACUCCACCGAUGGGAAUUCGCCGUGCGCCGCCAGCAGCGCCAAUCCGCCGGCGCCCGAGUACUACAUCAAUAUGCGCAGCGGCACUCACUAUUUUCCCAGUCGCUCCGUCAAUUCGUUGGCCAUUGAGGCGCAGCGCUACAAGUUUGGUCUGAACCGCAUCGAGGAGAUGUCCCCCAUGGAUCCGCUGCCCAAAAGCAGCUUUGGCAACACGUUGGACACGCCACAGCCCAGUCGCAAUUGUCCGGGCACGAGCAAGCUCUUUGAAUCUCCUUCGCCAAGGCAGCGCUCGCGCAUACGGACCAAUCCCUGGUAUAAUACGGCGGAGCAUAUGCAGCUGAUGUCGGGCAGUCGCCUGGAUGCGGAUGCCACCAGCACCACCUCCACCACAUCCUCGGGCAUUAAGUCAAGCAAUGAGCUGGAAAUGCGCGCAGUCAAAGGAACAACAACAACAACAACCGCAACAGCCACAGUAAUUGCCAACCCCAAGCUGUCCGCUGUGGCAGGGGCAGGUGCGGGGGCAGGGUCAGGGACUGGGGCUGAGUCCUCAGAGGGCUCGUCGUCCUCGACUGAAGUGGAAAAUCUGCAUGCACCGCACACCAUCAAGCGGCGCCACUUGGAACAGCAGCAGCUGGACUCCUUUCUGGUUAGCGACGACGAGGCCACACUCAACGAGAUGAUUGGCAAGUUUGACGAGAGCUAUGUCUACGAGAAGGAGACCGACAUACUCAGCAGCGACUCGGAUCCCACGGACUGCGCCUCGGAGCUGGAUACGGGCCAGGAUGCGGGCGAUGAGUGCGACACGGAUGAGCUGCUCGAUAUUGACUUCAUAGACACAUCCUCCAUGCAGGAAGUCCAACUGGAUAUCCAACGGAAUCUGGGCAGCUGCCAUUACUAUCCCAGCGCCAUGCAGCCAAGUCCUUUGAUCCUGCGGCGCGCCUCGACGCGCUCGCGUCGUCGCAGCGGCCAGGAGCCAGGCGAAGGCAGCCAGCAGCGUCGUCGCAAACGCUUCCUGAAGACGCGCAAGAAGAGCUGCGAGAAUCGGGAGAAGGUCAACGAUUCGCCGCUGCGCGAACCGCGCGGCUCUCGCAGCGUCGGCGGCACGCCCGUUUGCCUGCGCCGCCAUCUAUUGGGCCCCAAGGAGCGCAUCUACAAGACGUCUCCGUUGUCGAAUCGCUCGAAUUCGCUGAUCUUUGGCAGCGCCAAUGAGCCGCACUUUAUGACCAUAGCGGAGAGCGAGAAGGCGCUGCUCAAGGCCGAUCUAGAGGCGGACAUGAAGUACAAGCAGCUGAUCAUGGAGGCUGAGUCGCUGCUGGAAUCCAUGAAGAACAGCUUGCAAAGCAUACCGCGUGACACGCCCGUCGCAAGUCCACGACGCGUCAAUCCGCUGGCCAACAAACGCGUGGAAAUGCUCAAGCACAGCGAGGUGGAGUCCAAGAAGCAGCCGACGCCGGAGCACGAGCUGGCGGCGGCCAUCAACAAGCGUAUCGAGCUGCUGAAAUUCGAGACUUCGGCGGCAGCCUCGCCGCCAAACAGCCCCAAGCCGGGACGCUGCAGUCCCCGCAAGACGCAUCUCACGAACUUCAUGAAUCAGAACGCACCGCCAGAGCUGCCGCCGCGCAAGCUGAACGCCCCGGCGCCGCCCUCACCGCAGCUGCAGCUGAACGGACGCCGACUGCAGGGCAGUCCAAGGAACAGCCGGCGCGCCCUGGCGCCGUACAGUUGCAAUGGCAGCGACUCGGAGCAGGAGUGCAUUGCCGUGGUGCGUCAGAGCAACGAGGAUGUGACCAAUCACAACUACUUGCCACAGCAGCAGCAGGCGUACAACAACCUGGACUAUAAUAAUCGCAAUGUGGCCGAGACUCACAGCCAGGAUAACUUCUACUGUCCACACAGCGAGCCGCUAAAGCGUAAGGUCUACAAGGGCAGCAGCUCCUUUGAGCGCAUUAAGAAAACAUUCGACUUGGAGUUGGAUAUGAGCGAACGGCCCAAGUCGCACGUCAAGCGUCAGCAAUCGAAGCUAUCGGCUUCCGUUUCGGCGAAGAGCUCCAUGCAGGACGUAACUGUGGAGGGGGCCAGCAAGCAGCAGCUCAUCGUUAGCACCAUCGCGGAUCUGAAGCGCAGUCUGGAGCAUCAGAGCUAUGAGCUAAGUGGUCUAACUGAAGAAUAGUUUAUAGAUUUACCAAAAGACCUAAACCUAACAGUUGAGUCCUUGAGCUUAAGGCUAACAUAAUCAUAUUGGAGCUGCAAAACUAUCGUUAUACUUAUAGAUUUGAUAAAUUGAUAUACCUAUCAAUAGUUGACUGUCUAUUG